AUGAACCUCAACUUCACGUCGCCCGUGCUGCCCGUGUCCACGGGCCGGCCCACCUCCUUCUUCAUCGAGGACAUCCUGCUGCACAAGCCCAAACCCCUGCGGGAGGUGCCCCCCGAGCACUUCCCCGGCUCGCUGGCCUCCCGCGUGCCCCUCUUGGACUAUGGGUACCCCCUGAUGCCCACCCCGACCCUGCUGGCGCCUCACCCGCACCCCGCCCUGCACAAGCCGGAGCAUCACCACCACCACCCCUAUUUCCUCACCACCUCGGGAAUGCCGGUGCCAGCGCUCUUCCAGCACCACGCUCACGCCGAGCUGCCCGGGAAGCACUGCCGCCGCCGCAAAGCCCGCACCGUGUUCUCCGACUCGCAGCUCUCGGGGCUGGAGAAGAGGUUUGAGAUCCAGCGGUACCUUUCCACACCCGAGCGGGUGGAGCUGGCCACGGCCCUCAGCCUCUCCGAGACGCAGGUGAAAACCUGGUUCCAGAACCGCCGCAUGAAGCACAAAAAGCAGCUGCGGAAGACUCAGGACGACCCGAAGCAGGAGGAGAGCCGGGAGCAGAGCUCCCCCGAGCCCGAGCUGCCCGAAGCGGCCGCGGCCGAGCCCCGCAAGGGCCCCCCCGGCCCCUUCCUGCUGCAGGACCCCGAGGUGGACGAGGUGGACAUCCUGGAGGAGGGGGGACGUGUGCCCCCACCGCCUCUAGGACAGCCGGGGCUCUCCUGCCUCUCCUUGCGCACCCGGCCCCGCAGGUCGCCCCUGAAAGGCUCGGGAAGGGGGGCACGGCUCGGGAAAAGGGGACACAGCUCGGGAAAAGGGGUGUGGAUGCGAGGGGAGCCCCCUCCCCUCCCCGGCAAGGAGGUGGCGAUGCCCCCGGGACCCGCGGUGCCGCCGGUGCCCCCCAGCAUCACCCCAAGGCUUUAUCUGGGGUGGGGGGAGCGGAACGAGCCGAGUUGGUUUUAG